GCGGCAGAGGGGCAGAUGUUCCCCCCAUGCCCAGCACAGACCAGUGCCCCCAGUUCCCCCAGUAGAGCCCAGGUGCUCUCCCAGGAACCCCGGAGCCACAUCGUGUCCCCAACCCCCCGUGUGACACCAGGGUGGGACAUCUCCCACCCCAUCCCCUUUUCCACAACUUUGGCUUCGAGUCUCCACCAGGCUUGGGGUCCCCCCGUCCCGGGGCGCAUCCCCACUGCGCCACCCCUUCCCAGGCGCCUGACGCCUCCCAGUUCAGCCCAGUUCAGCCCAGUUCAGUCCCGUCCGGCGGGUGCUGCUGGCUCCAGUCCCUGCUUUCGUGCCGCCGGGCGCGGAGGCGCUCGCAGGGCUGCGGUUGAGUCACCCCGGGCACUGCACCCAGCCGGGGGUGGGGACCGGGGGCCCGCGCACCCUCGAGGGUCCCCGUGGGUGCUGGGGGGCAACGAGGCACGGAGACCCCGCCAGCCGGGCAGCAGGAUGAGCGGGGGGGAUCCUCCACAGCGGCCCCAUGUGCCUGUCCAGAUGUUGGCAUCGCUGGUGCACGCCCGGCACGCUGAGCACCCCGUGUCCCCGCCCGGGCCAGCCCCGCGGGGUGUCCCCGGGCUGUCCCCACACCCCGCCAUGGCGCUGGAGCCCGAGGAGCUGCUGGACCUGAGCUUCCUGACGGACGAGGAGCGGAGCUGCAUCGCCCGGGUGCUGCACCGGGACUGGCAGCUCCGCCGGCGAGAGGAGGGACGCAUCAGCAAGCUCCGCAAGUCGGUGUCGGACCCGGCGCUGCUGCGGAGCCUCACCGGGGACUGGUUCUGCGACGCCCGGGCCCAGCGCCACCAGCACCACCUGGGCUCCGACCUGGUCCGAGCCUCCAUCCGCCGCAGGAGGCGGCCCCGGGGAACGGAGGACCUGGAACGUGGUCCCAGUCUGGGCGAGCUGGAGGCCAUUGAUGAGCCGCUGGCAGAGGAGAAGGAGGAUGAGGACGGUGCGUUGCAGACGGCUGAGAGUUCCCCCACAGAGGAGGUGCAGGAGGCCCCUGAGCCCCAGCCCAGCCCCCCCACCCUGGCUGUGGAGGGGACCCCGAUGUCACAGCCCCUGCUGCAGGGUGACAUCCCGGCGAGGGAGCAGCACAGCCCGGCCCAGCCAGGUGACACGGGAGGUGGGAACUUCUGCUCAUCCAGCACGGAGGAGGAGGAACCAGACUCGGCACACAGCAGCCACAACGCUGGGCAGAGACCAGAGACCCUCCAGACAGAUCAGAGCCCCCCAGCCCCACUGUCCCCACAGAACGGCCACAGCCCCCCGAGCCUGCUGAGCACCAGCUCCUCCGUGUCCAGCCUCAGCUCCUCCACGCUGAGUGGGAGCCUGAUGAGCCUGUACAGCGAAGGGGAGCUGGGCAGGGUGGCCGUGCGGGGCUGUGUCCAGUUCUCCCUGCGCUACGACCCGGCCAAGAAGGAGCUGCAGGUGCACGUCCUGCGCUGCCGGGAGCUGGCCGAGGCCAAGAAGCAGCGCUCGGACCCGUACAUCAAGACGUACCUGCUGCCGGACAAGUCCAACCGCAGCAAGCGCAAGACCGCAGUGAGGAAGAGGAGCUUGGAUCCCGUCUUCAAUGAGACCCUCAAGUACAAGCUGGAGAAGAGGGACCUGCAGGGACGGACCCUGAACCUCUCCGUGUGGCACCACGACAGCCUGGGCAGGAACCUCUUCCUGGGGGAGGUGGAGGUCGCACUGGGCGCCUGGGACUGGGCCAACACACGCCCCGAGUGGUUCAGUCUGCAGCCACGGAUGCCCAUCCCCUCGGACGGCCUCGCCAGCCGGGGCAGCCUCAACCUGGCGCUGAAGUUCAUCCCUGCCGGCUCGGAAGGAGGGGGGAUGCCACCCACGGGCGAGCUGCACAUCUGGGUGAAGGACGCUCAGAGCCUCAUCCCACUGCAGAGUGGCACCGUGGACGCCUUUGUGCAGUGCUACGUGCUGCCGGAUGACAGCAAGGCGAGCCGGCAGAAGACGCGGGUGGUGAAGCGGAGCCUGAACCCCCUCUUCAACCACACCAUGGUUUACGACGGCUUCCAGGCCAAGGACUUGGCCGAGGCGUGCGCCGAGUUCACCCUCUGGCACCACGAAGCCUUUUCCAAGCGCCAGCUGGGCGGCAUCCGGCUCAGCCUGGGCACCGGGAGCAGCUACGGGCUGCCCGUGGGCUGGAUGGACUCCACGGCGGAGGAGCAGGGCGUGUGGAAGCAGCUGCUGCAGCAGCCCGGGCACUGGGUGGAAGCGCUGCUCCCCCUGCGGACCAACCUGGUCCCCCGGGCGUAGCCCCAGGGAGCAGCUGGUGACUGUGGGAUCUGAGGGAUGGAGACCUGGGCAUCACUGUGGGGCUGGGGGCUGUGCCCUCCCCUCCCAGCAGCAAUGAAGUGGCACCAGAGGGCACAGCUGGCAGCUUUUUAUUGCUGUGGACACAUCUGGUGGCUGUUUGUUGCACUGGUCACCAUACCCUGACUUCUCCCUCUGCUGUGGGGCUGGAGCUGCUGCAUCCCACUGCUCCCAGUGUGGGGCUGUGCCCUCCAUCACUGUCCUUCCAGCCCCUGGGACAGCAGCCCCGGGUUUCCAAUGGCCUUGUCACAGCCUUGGGUGAGGUGGGGGGGUUACUGCUCUACCAGGAUGCCCCUUUUCUUACUGGGACACUCCACCCUGGGCUGCCCUGUCCCACUGGGACCCCCACACUUCCCUGGUCACUGGGAGUACUGGAGUCUCCUGGGGCCACCCACCACCCUGUGGGCAGGAACAGCCAAAUCCCCAAAGGUUUUUUUGCAACCAGAAUCUCUCAGGACAGCACCCACUGCUGGGGCUUCGGGGUCACAGGAGCUGGGUGACAAUGACACGGACAACAGAAAUUACAGGAAAAUCCUUUA